CGCACAUACAUACAUCUACACGUCCACCACAAAAACCACACACGCGACGUACGCAAAAAUUGUUGGGUUGAACCCACGUGAUGAAAAACGCGUUGUUUCAGCGUCUCUCUCUCUCUCUCUCUCUCUCUCUCUCUCCUCUUACAAACUGACAACAGCAUACAUAUGUGUGUGUGUGUAGCGGCACCCACCCAACCCGACCACUCACUCAACCUUGCAGAUUCGCAGAUUGCGAAAAAACGAAUAAGAAGAAUUCCUCAGUCAGUCAGUCGGCCAGCCCACACGCCACACCGCCACACCGGCCGGCACCUGUUUGUUGCCCUAACACACACACACAGGCCCCCCAGCCGCAUCGCCCCCCCAUGAAUGGUCUGCAUCCAUAGAGACAUGCGUGCUAUGCAUCCUAUGCCCCCUCAGCCACGCCCCUGUCUCGCUCGCGCAACGCGUCACCGUCAUCCGAGCCGCCCUCUGCAAUCCCGGACCGAAACGACGCGAUUUCGACGAUGCCGUGGCGGGACACCGGGGACGGCCCGUCCUCUUCGUCGUCGUCAGGACCGCGGUUCAUCGGCGUCUGUUUCUCCUUGAACAGACCGCCCUGACGACACACAUACACACAUACACACACACACGCACACACGCACAGCCGCAGCCGCAGCAGCAGGAUACAGUACGCGAUGCAGGCGGGCUUGCUUGCUUGCUUAUUAGUGACCUGCGGGAAGCCGCUCUGUUGGUUGGGGCUCAGGCGGUCGUGUCGGUAUGUGAAGUGGAGCGACCCGUAGAUCAGGAAGCAGACCGCCCAGGGCAACAGCUGACACACCAUUAAUUGACACACAGACACAGAUUAUGUGGGGCCGACGAGACACGUGCGCACUCACCAUGGCGACCGUCAAUGAGUUCGCUAAGGCGUUGACAUUGUGCAGGCGCGUCUCCUCUGUCAUGUCCUUGACCGCCAAGUCGCUGAUCUCGUAGCCGAAGAACAUCUGACAUGUAUGUCAAGCGGCAACACACCACACACGCAGUGGGCCUGGUGCCACUAGUGGGCCUCAUCGUCCUUGCCCCACCUCUGCCAUGAAGGCGACUGAAUGUACGAGUCAAUGACGUUGAAUAUGUACACAAAUGAUCAGUCAAUUCCACAUCGGUAAGACAGAGGAUGCUUCUACCUCGCUCUUCUACCUGAUGGUGCCCCGAAAAGGCUUCCAGAAGCCCCCUCGAUGGCCAGCAGCCACGCAAAGAUGGUCGCACGGUCGGCAGGCUCGACGAUGUCCGACAGGAUGGGGCGGUUGGUCGCCACCGACGCCCACGAUGCCACCAUGCCCAAUAGAAACAUGCAGGCAAGGAAGGCGAUGUACCAGUCGGGUGACCGGGGGAUGACCUGCAGCACUAUAGCCGUCAUGGGCAUUCCGAGCAGGACCGAGAUCUGCGCCGUGAGAGGCCGCCCGUGAUUGCCGUUCCACGAGUGCAGCGAGUCGCCGAUCUUCCCGCCAAUCAGCCCACCAACUCCGGCACCGGCCUGCUUGGCGGCCCAUGCGAGCGCAGCUUGAUAAUCCUGUAGGCCCACAUACUGCAUGACACACACAGACAGACAGACAGACAGAACGACCGAACGAAGUAUGCAGCUUGUAUGGUGUGCCAUCCACCCAUCCAUCUCACCUGGUACCUGCACACACACACACACACACCACCACAUAUCCACGGCGAUACAGACACAUGUCCUGUCCUUAGAAUCGGUCUACGACGUCAGCCCACCACAGGGUGAAGAAGGCCAUCGCAUUCCAGGGCACAUUGCCGAACACUCCUUGCAGCACCACGCCCCAGAAGGAUGGCUUCCUGGCCAUAUUUCGGAUCUUCCUAAGCUCCCGAGCCAUCCCGCGAACCACCGCCGACCGACGUCCAGUCCCGCUCUGAACGAACAGCCACGAUAAGGGCGGGAGGGAAGAGGAAGGCCAGUGCGCUGUGCGCCGGUCCGUCUUGUGUCUGUCUCUGUGUACACACCUGCUCGUCGGCUGCUGCGCUGCCAUGUCGUGGGAUGCUCAUGCUGGUCAAGGAGAUGAUGACGCCAAGCGCAAUGGACAGGAGGCCAACAACAAUGAAACCCACCCUCCAACCAGACAUGCCUAAGCGCAGCGCAUCCACCCAUCCAUCAGAUACACACACACACACCACACAGGCAGCCGAAAAGAUGAUGGCAUGCUCCCCCCGCGACAGCCCCUCUCUGCGGUUGGUGUGCGUGUGGCGUGACCCACCGCCUACCGAGGAUGAUCAUCUGUGAUAUUGUGGUGGUUGCCACCCCUCCCAGAAUGGCCCCUGUGUUCUGCGAGGCCUGCACCCACCCAAAGGCCCGUCCACGCUCGUCCACACUGAAGAGGUCAGCUAUCAUCGACUGGGAUAGAGGCCCAACGCCUGCAGUGCAGUGCACACAAACCAAAGCGGCAGCAUGACAUGAUUGCCCUGUGAUGCGUGGGAUGGGAUAAUGUGGGAGUGACGCCUGUGCGUGUCGGUACUUGCGAGCGCCAUGCCAUUCAGGGCUCGCAGAGACAUCAUCUGAGCAGAUGUCGACGAAACGCACAGUCGUCAAUGCUGCCAGCACCACCACCACCUCAUCGCUCCCUCACCUCCCAGAAUCGUGUUGACGCCGCUAAGACGAUGGUGAAAACACCCCACAAGAUGCACCCAUACGCCUGCAGAUGUCACCCACCAGUGGACACACGUCACGCAUACGGCAAGGCGAGCCUACCAGGACGGUCUGCCUGCUGUAUCUGUCAGCAAGGAAGCCCCACACAGGCGCCGACAGCGACUGGAACAGACUUUGACAGAGCGACAGCUGCCCGAGGUCCUGUCGAAACGAGCACAUCAGGUGAAAGCACCAAAGUAGUGAUAGACGGAAGAUAGAACCUUUGUCGUUUUCAUUCGCAGCAAGGCCAUUGACCUUUGAGUGAUGGAUACUUACCUUUGGGCCGAGAUGCAGCUCUCUUUCAAGGGCACGAAACGUGCUGGGCAGCAGUUGCAUAUCGGCCCCUGCAAGAAAGAGCACACACACAACACACAACACACAACACACAACACACAACACACAGACCGUUUGCUUCUCCUUGCAAUCAUCAAUCAAGAGAGAGGUGAGUGAGUGAGUGUACUGGCGAACCAUCGAGGGCACAGGCGACGUUGAGGAUGUUUUGUGUCUUCCUGCGAUUGGUGGAGGGGAGGGAGAGUCGCUUGCUCUGGAGGGGUCUGAUGGCUGGCCACACAAUGUCCGCAAGCCACACGGACGGCUGAGACCAGGUGGUUGCUGACGAGGCAUGGGCCAUCGAAGGCAGACAUUCUGUGACAGGCACCGACGGGAUGUCCACAGUACACUUGUCAUCGGCCUCCUGGGCAGUCGCCAUAUCGCCAGUGGGGAGGACCUUG